AUGGAUAUGGAUAUGGAUAUUUCAAGUGAUUCCAAUUCUCAAGAUGAAAAACUUUCAGACUUCUCUGAAUGUAGUGAUUCUUCACACGAAACUGGAAGUUCUUCUGAUAGUUACGAGAACGAAGUAUCCUCUAGCUGCGACAACGAAAGUUCAUCUGAUGAUAAAGAAAGUCAAAGUUCACGUGACGAUGAUAGAACAAAUGAAAGUUCAUCCGGUAAUGAUUCAAGUGAAAGCUUAUCUGAUACUGAUGGAUAUGAGAGUUCAUCGGAUGAUGGUCAUAAACAUACUUUUGAAUGGAAUUCUCAAAUUCCGAAGAAACCUUUGAAAUUAUUCAACGAUACCUCAAAUGUUUCACAUCAAAAUUAUUCUAACUUUCGUCCUAUCGAUUUUUUCAAAUUAUUAUUCACUGAACAAUUACUCCAACUGAUAUGGAAACAAACGAAUAUUUAUGGUGGUGAAUAUGUCAGCAUUGAUGAAUCAAUGGUCAAAUUCAAAGGCCGAUGUUCACUAAAACAAUAUGUUCCUAUGAAGCCGAUCAAACGUGGAUUUAAAAUAUGGGUGUUAGCAGAUUCUGCCAAUGGUUAUAUGUAUGAUUUUCAAAUUUAUAAAGGAAAAGAUACUGACAGAACAACAUCUCUAGGUGAACAUGUUGUAAAAACCAUGGUCAAAGAAAUACACUUUUCUUAUCGAAAAGUUUUUUUCGAUAAUUAUUUUACAACUCCGGAUUUGCUUCGAUAUUUAUACAAAAAAGGGCUUUAUGCUGCUGGAACUAUUCGUGGAAAUAGAAAAAAUCUGCCAGCAGAUUUUUGUUGUUCUAACCAAAAACUUAAUUAUGGUGAAUAUGAAUAUAUUACAUCAGAUUAUUUAGUUCUUUACAAAUGGCAGGAUAAAAAACCAGUUUUCUUAUUGUCAAAUUUUCACGAUCCAACUUCCUAUGGUAUUAUCUAUAGAAAAAAAAAAGAUGGCGGUACAACAACUGUGACAUGCCCAACAUCUAUUAUCGACUACAAUCGUUUCAUGGGAGGUGUCGACAGAGCUGACCAAAGAAAAGAAAGCUACGCAUUGGAUCGAAAAUCAAGAAGGUGGUGGCUUCGAAUUUUCUUCAAUUUUUUAAACAUCUCAUUGUCUAAUUCAUUCGUUAUAUACGAAAGUUGUACUGGUCGAAAUCUGUCAUAUCUUGAAUAUUUAUCAUCGAUUACUAGAGGGCUGCAGGGCAAGACAUUUUAG